GGGGUAUUACAGAUAUCAUCCAUAGCCAAAAUCACCUGCUGCGAAUUGGAUUCAAUCUCAAAGGACCGAUAUCCCUUUCCAAUAGCCCAAGAAACUGAUCUAUGUAACGCUAUAAACUCUGCCUCCAAAGACGAUGAUGAUGAGAUAUGAAAAUGAAGAGCAAAGAGGAACUCCCCUGCCUUGGAUCUCAUAAACGCUCCUCUUGUUGCUCUACCGUCAAAGAAAGAGGCGUCAACAUUAAGUUUAUAAUCUAACUCAGGCAUGAGAGAAUGAGAAUAUAUCAUUCCUUCUUCUUCUAACCACUUGAAAGGCUGAUGAGAUAGUGAACUUUCCAUUCUGCUCAGGGCUGAGCCCAGAUAAUUCAUUGGCAGGUUAAUAUUGGUCAUACCUAAGAGUCUCUCCAUCCUUCUGAUUCUAGCAAGGGAGGUUUUCCCGCAUCCAAAACUGCUCUUAGUAAAGUUGACAGUCUGCCCUGAUGCUCUUUGAUACAGCCCAAGAAACUUUUAAAAUAUUGAACAGAUCUUGCCUCCCCAUUCAAAAAAGUUAUAAUUUCAUCCACAAAGCAUAAAUGUGAAACUGCCUGACCAUAUUGCCCAAGCCAGAAUGGUUUGAUGGAGUAAGAAGCCAUAAGACUUUUCAAUCCUCUAGAUAAGGCCUCAGAAGCUAGAAUAAAGAGAAAGGGUGACAGGGGAUCCCUUUAGAUGAACCAUUUAGAUGGUUGGAAAAACCCUUUAGAUGAACCAUUUAUAAGGGCUGAGAAGUAAGUAGCCUUCAAAUGGUUCAUAACCAGAGUAAUAAACCCAUUUGAGAAACCAAAUUUAGAUAGAGUAGCAUGUAAAAACCUCCAAGAUAUUCUAUCGAAAGCUUUUGCCAUAUCUAACUUUACAAUGAGAUUAAUGCCCCUAACCUUCUUAUCCAGUGAGUUGAUCAUUUCUUGAGCCACAAGAAUAUGAUCAGAUAUGCCUCUCACGUGCAUGAACCCUGCCUGUUUAUUAGAGAUAAGCUUGGGCAGAAUAGAUGAUAGUCUAGAUGCUAAAAUCUUGGUACAAACUUUACUAAUGAAAUUAGAUAGACUGAUUGGCCUGAGGUCAGCAAAAGUUGACACCUUAUCUUUUUUGGGAAUAAGCGCAAUAAGUGAAUUGCCAUUGCCUUGGGAAUGUGAUUUCUUUGAAAGAAAUCCUGAACAGCCCUAACGACAUCCCAACAAACUACAUCCCAACAAUGUCUAAAGAAAUUACCAUUGUACCCAUCCGGUGCAGGGGCACAAUCUUUAUUCAGACUCCAUACAGCUUCCUUAACCUCCUGAAUAUUAGGCAAAUUCAUAAGCAUCUCAUUUUCAUGAUCUUCUACUAAUUGUGGUAUAUAUUAUUGGAGAUCUUCCAUGUCCUUGACUUGUUCAUCAAAAAAGACAUUCUCGAUGUAUUCUUCUGCAGCCAUACCAAUAGAAUCAGGGUCUGAACAUAGAUUGCCAUUAGAGUCCUUUAUAACAGAUUAGUGUUGUCCUUUUAAUAUUGACAUAAGCAUGAUAAAAUUGGGUAUUUAAAUAUCCAUCUUUCAACCAUUUCAAGUGAGCUCUUUGUUUCCAAAAUUAUCUCUCCUGCUUAUGCUUAUUGAUUAACAGGGCUUGUUUAAAGGACCAGUUUUCUCUAUUAAUAUCAGAAGGGUCAGACUCAAACAGUUUUUUGCAUCAGCUACCUCCGCCUCCAGUUUUUUGACAUAAGAAAAAAGAUUCCCAAAAGUAUUGGUAUUACACAGCUUAAGAGUCUGUUUAAGAGCUUAUGUUGAUUGUUUGACUUGUUUUGUGAUUCAGAAUUCCUGAGGCCUUCCAGCCUUACUUUAGGUUGGUUUGCUUCCCUUGGACUCAUGUAGUCUUUUGGGAGGUUCACAUCUGCUUUUCCUUUCUUUUGAGACCUGUCCACCAUAGGUUCCCCGUUUUGUGUGUUCACAACUGUCCUUACUUGUUUUUAUGCCUUGAAUUUAUGGUCAAGGUCGUCUGUCCAAUUUGAGGGAAGACUUUACCAAUUCUUUAACCCUUAGGUUCUUAUCAGUUGAACCAGAUUGGGUGGGAUUUUAAUUCAGGUUAUUUUAUCCGUAUGAGAAGCCUCUUGAUUGGUGAGGCUUUGGGAGCCUCUCCGGUGCAAAGUUAAUUCUCAUAUUUCAUCUUUUGGCCUUAUAAAAUCAAUCUUAACCUUGAGGAAUAUUGUCUUUUCCUGUUGUAGGAAAUCUGAUUUUGUUCACAAGAUUGUUUAACCUUGAAAAAGGUUGUUUUAUUCCCGCUCUCGUCUUUGGUAAGACUAAGUUGAGCUUCUAGAAUUUUGGAUGAGUCUGGAAUUGUACUAUGUCUUUUGCGAGUACCAGCUAGGCAUGACCUUUAUCCCCCCUUUUGCUGGUUAAGAAACCUUCGCAAGUGUUUUCAAAUGUAAAGGACAUUUGUGAACUAAAAACGAGACUUUUAUUAAAAAAAAUCCAAAAGAACUACUCCCUCCGUCCCAAUUUGAUUUGCAAAAUUUCCUAUUUUGGUUGUCCCAAAAUGGUUUUCCACUUUCUAUUUUAAGUAUGUAAAUAAGAAUAGUGACAAAUUUACCCUUACUUUUACUUUUUUUCUCAUUAACUUAAAGGCAUCUACUUUUAGAAAGAUGGACAAAAAUGUAAAAGGCAAACAUCAUUUAUUGUCAUUCCUUAAUUCUUGUGCCGGUCAAAGUUUGCAAUUCAAUUCGGGACGGAGGGAGUACACACUUACUGGUAGAAUUUCAAUAAGUGCUCAGAGUUCCACACCCUGCCUAGCAGUAGUCUUUUUGGAGUACACAGUUUGUUGGUCAUGGGCCCAACUAUCCCCUUGACUCUGUAAGGCACUUCCCAAUUCUUGGCAAACUUUCCACCCUCUAGAGGUUUGCUAGCAGAUCUCCUUCUUAGGACUAAAUCUCCGAUGUCAAACAGUCUUGGUCUGACCUUGGCAUCAUGGUAUUCUUUCACUUGUCACCUAUAAUUCUCAGCCCUGAUGAAAGCUCUAUCCCUUCUUUCUUCAAUUAGGUGGAGCUCGGCUCUUAGCACCUACUCAUUAGUUUCAGGGUUAUAGUCUUUCACCCUUCUGCUUGGAACUAUUGCUUCCAGUGGUGCCCGAGCCUCGAAACCAUAAGUCAAAGCAUAGGGAGUCUCACCAGUGGCCUUCCUUGUGGUUGUCCGAUAUGUCCAGAGUAUGUUGUUUAAUUCAUCCACUAGGUUGUUCCCAUGGACUCCAACUUCUUUUUGAGACCAUCAACGAUCGUUCUAUUUGCAUUUUCCACAAGCCCGUUGCACUGAGGGUAAGCAACAGACGCUCUAUUGGCCGCAACUCCCCAUUGCCCACAAAAGUCUUUGAAGGGUUCAGAGUCAAAUUGUUUUCCAUUAUCAAAGAUAAUUUUCAUUGGAAUACCAAACUGGCAGAAUAUAUUCCUCCGAACAAACCUCUUGCAUUGUUCAGCAGUAAUGGUGGCCAUUGGUUCGGCCUCAACCCACUUAGUGAAAUAACCAAUAGCGACUAUAAGGAACUUCCUACCUCCUGAGCCCUACGGGAGAGGAUCCACGAUAUUGAUUCUCUGCCUCAAGAAGGGGAUGGCAGUGCUUAUUGGGGUAUAUUAGGUAGCAGGCCUUCCCGGGCUUAUCUGAAACUUCUGGUAGAUCUCGCAUUUCCGUGCGAAGUCGGCAUAGUCCUAUACCAUAUUUGGCUAAAAAUACCCUUGCAAAAUGACUUUUCUACUUAGAGUAAACACACCUUGGUGUGAUGAACAAAUCCCUGCGUGUAUUUCUUUUAUCACUUGUAGAGCUUGUUCUGGCCUUAGACACUUGAGGAGCACACCAUUGUAACUUCUUUUACAGAGCUUUCCAUCUUAGAUGAUGUAGCGUGAAGCCUGUGUCCUGAUCACCCUUGUCUUUUCCUCGUCUGUGGGCAGUGUUCCAUCGUCCUUAUAUUGUAUUAGAUUAUCAAUCCAACAUUUAGGAGCAUGACUGAUUGGCAAGGCCUCCUGAUCUUUGGUAACUUCGAUGCUCGGCUUGCUUAACUCCUGCACCUGAGCUAUGCGAAUGAAGUGCUCAGGUGCAUCUGUUGUUAGUUUUGACAGGAUGUCUGCAUCCCCAUUUUGAGCUCGUGGAACACAUAUCAAGUCAGACUCUUCAAAUUUCUUGAUAAGCUCCAGGGUUGCAUCCCUGUAUCUUUGCAUUCGUGCUUCUUUGGCUUCGUAUUCCCCUCUAAACUGUUUGAUUACCAAUUUAGAAUCACUUUUGACCCUCAGUUUUUGUACUUUGAAGUUACUCGCUAUUUUGAGAUUGGAGAGUAGGGCCUCGUACUCUGCCUCAUUGUUUGACAGGGGGAACAAGUAUCCAAGGACGUGAUAGGUUUUGAAGCCUUCAGAGGGGAUGAAGACUACCCCUCCUCCGCAACCUUUGGACCCUGAGGGUGAUCCAUCAGUCAUCGGAGUCCACCAAUCCUGUCAUCCACAUAUGCCUCCAUGUUUCUUCCCAGUACCGCUUGAAAGACCUUGGCCACCAUUCAGGUAUACGUUGCCCAGAAUUCCGUAGCCCAAAAGACAUUACCAGAUAACAAAAUACUCCUUCUGGGGUGAUGAAGGAGGUAUUCUCAACAUCGUCGGGGUGCAUGGAGAUAUGGUGGUAUCCCUUGAAUGCGUCCAUGAAUGAAAGGAGUUAUCAUCCAGCUGUUUGGUCCACCAUUUGGACUGUACUCGGCAAAGGGAAAGGGUCAAUUGGACAGGCCUUAUUCAGAUCUGUGUAAUCUACGCACAUUCUCCCAAUCAGCGGCUUUGGGCCCAAGACCACGUUGGCUAGCCACUCUGGAUAUUGUACUUCUCUAAUGUGCCUGAUGCCCAACAUCAUGCUUAUCUCCCCCUUUACAAAUUCCUUUCGGUCUAGGGAUAGAUACCUUCGCUUUUGUUUUACGGGAGUUGCUUUCGGAUCCACGUUUAGUCGGUGAGCAGCUAUGCUAUGGUCAAGCCCGAGCAUAUCCUCAGGUCCCCAAGCAAAGAUCACCUUGGAAUCCGUCAAAACCUACACUAUUUUUUCUCUGAGGUCGAUCGGAAGCCCCACACCAAUCUUAACCUGACGUUCUGGCCGGGAAGGAUCAACCCCGACCUCCUCGAGCUCUGAGAUGGGCUGAGCUCUGAGUUGCCCUUCUUCAUAUUUCGACAAGUCUAUUUCGAUGGCGUUAAUCCUCAUAUCAUUCCUCCCGUUAGCCCUUCAGGCCCUCACAUAGCAGCUUCGUGCCAUCUUCUGGUCUCCCCUCAUCGUGCUUAUUCCGGCCGGUGUGUGAAUUUUCAUGCAUAAGUGAGCCUAGGAGAUGAUGGCUCUGAGAUCUUCAAGCAGAGGUCGGCCCAGGAUGGCCUUAUAUACGCUUGGCAGACGUACUACAACAUAAUAUGCUUCAAUGAUCCGCACGCAUGGCUCUGAUCCGAGCUGAACCUUGAGGUUAAUUUGCCCUUCCGGUUCAAUUACGUCUCUGGUAAAACCAGAGGGGGGGUCUUUACCGGUUUUAAGGCUUCCUUCUGGAGGUCGAUUUCCAGAAAAGUAUCCAUGUACAUUAUGUUGACUGAGUUGCCAUUGUCUAUGAGAACCCUAUGGACAAUUGCGUCCAUCACUUCCAUCUUUACAACUAGAGCAUCCCUAUGAGGUGGAGGAUAAGGUGAGAGGUCUUCAUCUGCGAAAAUGAUAGAUUCCCACUUCUGUUUUUUAUCUAUGGGAAGGCGGUUUAUCUCUUCGAUGAAUAGCUAAUGACUCCACUUCUUCCCACGGAUGGAUUUAGGGGGGGGGGGGGGGGGGGGGGACCGCCCCCCUUGGACUUUCAAAUUUUUCCAUUAUAUAUGUAAUAUUUUCAUACUUUAAUUAGAUAUAUAUGUGUUCGCCCCCCUUAACUUUUAGUUUUAAAAAUUAACAUAUAACCUUACAUAAUGUAAUACUUAAUUAGAGAUUUAAAAGAAGAAAUGUCUAAAAUAAUUUACAUACUUAAGCAAAUAAACAAUCUAAGAGAACAACUCUGAUCAUUGUUUAAGACUUAGGAUAUUUAUUAUAUAAAAAUUCCUAGUUUUGUAAUGUUUAGUUAUCUUUAUUAGAUAGUUAGUACUCGAUUUUGUAAAAUAACAAAUGAUAUUAACUUCUAGACACACUAGUUAAAUAGUUUUUAGAUCAUGUGAGGUGAAUCCAAAAUAAAUUUUUGUUGACUAAUUUACACAAUUCAACUAUAAAAUAAAAUUUAAUUAUUUUUCCAUUGUCUAAACCUAAAAUGUAAUAGGUUUAUCAAUACUUUGGUUUUCUAUUUCUUACGAUUUAAUGUAUCAAUACUUUUUUUAGAACAUUCCAAUUAUAAAAUCAAAGUUAUUUUAUAUUGUCUAAAUUUAGAAUGUAAUAGUUUUAAAUGUCAUCGUGUAUGUAUUUAUGAUUUUUUUUAUUAAAAAAUAGAUGCAGAGCCCUAUACUAGCAAAAACAAAUCAUCCCUCUACACUAGCGAAAUAAAAGUCUCGGCGCUCUACUAGUGAAAAAUUUUCACCCCUACUACACUCAUGAAAAAGUUUCACCCCCCCUUGACCAUAAAUCAUGGAUCUGUCCCUGCUUCUUCCUCUCCCCUGUGGUGUCUCCUCCCACAGGUCCACCGUAGAUCUGGUUGACAUGUGGGUGUUUUUGCCGGCCUGAAUCUUCCCCUUCCUCAUCAUCCUCGAACUGGGCUCCGGCCUCCCUCUUCUUAGAGGUCGAGGUCGGCUCGUCUUUUCUCCUGCUCCAGGUAUUCGUCUUUUGAGGGGCAUGUCCCUGCCAUCUCCUUUUUACAAACUGAUCCAACUGCCCUUCACAGAUGAGCCUUUCCAUGUACUUUUUAAGGACAUAAAGUCGUCAGUUUCGUGAGUAUCGCUCUUGUGGAGUUUGCAAUACUUACCUCGAGUGGCUUGGUUGUUGACAACGUUGCAGUUCUCAGGGAUUGUUAUCAAACCUUGUUUAAUUUGGCCGCAUAAUCCAUGACAGUGCUGACCGAAUGUGUCAUAGCUCAAAACUCUGGUUGGCCGGAUAGAGGUCCAUCGGGGACACCCGAUUUGUUCUUUCCCCAACCUUUCUUCUUUCUUUGGGACCCACUCCCUUUGUCUUCGUCGUGGGUUUCCUUUUCUGAACUCUUUAUCUUUCCAUCUUCAGGUUGGUGCUUUCCUUCCUCCUCUUCUCUCUUCCGCUUUCAGCCUCUUCCACGUGCCAGCUUGCCGCAAGGCCUCCUCGUGUGAGGUCGGGGGACGCCGUACAAACUCCUUUUACAACUCACCCAACCUCAAGGCAUUGGUCAGAAUGGCGACGACGUAUCUGUCAUCGAGGGCACCCACCUUCACCGAUUCAUCCCUACGAUGAGCUAGGAAGGCGACUAUGCUUUCAUGGCGUCCUUGUCUGACUCCCAGGAGGUGAGAGAAGUGUUUCUUGGAAUCGUUGGAGCUGACAAAUUGUGCUAUGAACGCUUGGUCUAACUCCAGGAAACUCCUGAUCCUUCCGUCAGGUAGGGAAUUGUACCAUUCUUGGGCUUGCCCAUCCAAUGUCACCAAGAAUCCUCUGCACCUGAUUGCAUCCUUGUAUCCCAUCAUCACCAUGUAGGCCAUGUACCUAGAGACGUGAUGCUGGGGUUCGGUCUUCCCCCGAUAAGCCUCGAUGUUACAAAGCUUAUACCCUUGUGGCAGUGCGGCAUCCAUAAUCUGGUGGAUGAAUGGCUCAGAAAUUCUCACAUCAUGGUUGAGGGUAACCCGAACAUCUACCACCCUCCUGAGCUCGUCUAGACUCUUGCUGAGGUCAUCGUCAUCAUGGCCUGUCCGAGCAUGGGGUGGAGAAGGGCGAUCUUCGGGGGCCCGCUGAUUCACAUUAAUCCCAUUCCAAAGAUCUCCCCCACGCGCAUUGCGAUGAUGGGAAAAGACAGCCACAGAGGAUGCCUCCUCACUUCGUUCCGCCCGGGAGGAGAGCCUGUGAUGCACAGAUCAGAGACCCUUCAUCCUCCAACCCUAUUCAUCAUCGAGGUUCUCAAGGACUUCCUGGAAUGAUGAGAUCGUUGAGACCUUGCAGGUGGAGAAUUCCUCUGCCGCUGUGCAGAUACCUCCUCGUUCCACGGGGAAACAAAUGGAGACCGACGCGGACACAGAGGUCUUCCAUUCGUAUUGGGAACAAUUCCUAGGAAAGCAGUGGUUAAUGUUUCCACGACCCUCUGGAACGUAACCAAACUCGCCAAGGCUUGCGCUGGAUCUAUGUUGGGAAUGAGGUUCCCGGUGGCCGGCAUCUAGAACUGUGGCGGACGCGUCGUCGGACUCAUGGAACUCCCAACGCCUUGCAAUUGGUUCCUCAAGUGACCCUGAGCCACCACGAAUUUACAUUCCUCCUCCGGAAAUCUCUUCAUCGUGACCUAGAUCCUUCGUCUUCGAUCAUGACUUGAUCAAAACGUGCACCACCUUGAUUGCUACCAACACGGUUGUGACUGUGUGAUCCAACAAUCGUUACCGUAGAUCGUUCUCUCAAUGAGAGCACCAAAUGAUGGAGUUUAAUCCAACUACGAGAUCUAUAUCUACGAGAACAGGUGAAAUUUAGGCAGUGUUAGCAGCAUUAUUAAUCCAGAAUUCGGCCCUUUGAUAGGAUGCACAUAUGAAGUAUUUAUAGACCCUAGGUACUAGUAUUCUAGGAGGAAACCGAUACAUUAAAUGCUAUAAAUUGCAUAAGAGUAUGAUAACGUCUUGGCCGUUGUGCAAUGGUUGAUUCCCUUAGGUCCACGUUUCUUCCGUUAUUCCCGCCUGCUGCCAGAUAGCUAUGCACGAAUGAUUGCCGGCCAUAUAAGCCCUAGGAAGAGUGCGACCAUGCUAGAACUUCGCCCAGGCUCGAGGUCUGCUGUCCAACCUGGCCUGGUUGUGGGUUUCUUUUGCGGGUGGAGUUCCUAGGUAGGCCUAGCGGCUAUUUAAUAUUAAUCCCGUUUAUGGGCUGAUCCCGUAGAGGGCUAAUCUUGUUUAAAGGCUAAUCCCGUUUAUGGGCUGAUCUCAUAGAGGGCUAAUCCUGUUUAAAGGCUAAUCCCGUUUAAGGGCUUUUACUAUAAUCCCGUAUUUGGGCCAUGGCUGCAGUCAAUGGUACCAUCAAAGCUUAAAACAUUAAUUAGUUCUAAGAUUAUUAUAAUUGUGUGUUAUCUUACAUUAUUAGUGAAGUUCAAAAUUCAGAUUAGUGAGAUCAUUGAGAUUAUUAAUAUGCUGAAGUUAUUUUUGUAUAAUCUCUAAAAUUGAGAUUAGUGAAGUUAAAAUUUAGUUUCUCUAAUAUGUAUGGUUGGGAAAUAUUGAGAAGUGACUUUGACUUUUUUAUAAGGGAGAUUUACCUUGACAGGACUAAAACUCAUUUUUUUUCAAGAAUAGAACAAGUACUUUUAACUUCUUUAAAUAUGGUUUCUUAUUUGUGAUUGGAUAAAAAUACCCUUUUAGGGUUAGAGUUGCUUCCCCAGGUCUUCGGAACCCUGCCUGCCGCCGGUUGCCUCCGCCAACCACGGGCCACCAGACCGCUGAAAAGUCCUCCAUUGAGUGACCAAAAAUCCGCCGCCACCACCGAAGUUUGUUGUCACCAUCACAAACUGAUCUUGCCACCAAUGGACUUCUUUGGUUAUGCAAGGAAAACUAGCUAGGGAGCAAAUAAUUAGGUUAAUUGAUAAACUUAAAUUAGGGCAGAAAUGUAAUGCUUAGUCCUCUUUAGAGAAAACCACACUAAUGAUCCUAUUUUUGGAAUAAGCCUACGCUUUAGUAUUACUUUAGGAAUUUUUCUCUUUUAAAAAAUGCUUACAACAUUUGUUUAAUACUCUGUAUUACAUUUACUUCUCAUAGUCGGGAGGGUUCUUAUGAGAAUCUCUUUGAGAGCUCAAUUUAAAAUGAAAUCUUAUAAUCUCC